ACGAAACGUCUGGAGCAGCACAUCUGCCUUGAAUCGAACUGCUUCGUCGACGAGACGGCCUGGGCAGCAUGCGAUGGCAAUAGUGCCUCUAACUUGGACAAGUCGAAGUCGCAUGUCGUCCAGUCUUACCAUCACUCUUGGAUAACCACCUUCACCACCACCCAUUCCCUUGAUCAUGGCUGAGCUUGGUUCCGGACGCCGUUCCGUGUCUCCAGAGAGCUCUGGGAGAGACUCGCCCAUUUCUCGACAAUGGAGGAAUCAGCUAGGCUCCGAGGAACUGCCCGCCAACGACAAGGCAUCGCGGAAAUACGCAACCGGUGUCGAGAGAGCCCUCAGUCUCUUCGAAACAGCCCUGCAGGAAUGGGCAGAUUACAUCUCUUUUCUUAAUCGGUUACUUCGGGCAUUACAAGCUCGGCCGUCAUCUACCAACUUUGUCCCCUCAAAAGCCCUUGUCGCAAAACGACUAUCACAAUGCCUCAAUCCGGCAUUGCCGUCUGGCGUACACCAGAAAGCCCUCGAAGUCUACAACUACGUCUUUUCCAUAAUAGGCACCGAAGGUCUCUCCCGUGAUUUGCCUCUCUACUUACCUGGGCUGGCGUCGACUCUCUCCUUCGCCUCUCUCUCCGUUCGAUCGCCCUAUCUCGACCUUCUUGAGGGUUAUUUUUUACCCUUAGACCCUCGCUCUCUCCGACCCGCCAUGAAAUCGAUUGUUCUAGCUAUACUGCCUGGCCUGGAGGACGAAACAAGCGAGGAUUUUGAUCGGACAAUGAAGCUCAUGGAGAGCUUCAAGGUGGCUAUGCGACCACCCAAUAGCGAGGAGCUGGCGCCAACACAUGCCACUGGUGACGACUUCUUUUGGCAAUGCUUCUUCUUGGCCGCUAUAACGAGUCACAGCCGGCGUGGUGGCGCAUUGGCAUAUCUGGUGAAGAACUUGCCCAAGCUGGGCGAGCCUCUCGUCCACACCUCGUCUACAGUUGAUGGGACCAAGAAUGGCGUUGAAUCUGACCUCGCCGCGCAACUCGGACGGAUCGUGACGUCCCCAGAACCUGGAUUGUUACUCCGAUGCUUCGCUGCCGGAUUGGCCGACGAGCAGCUGCUGAUCCAGAGAGGCUUCUUGGAUCUUUUGGUCUCCCAUCUCCCGUUACACUGCAAGGUGUUACAAAGCCGGGUCAAGUCCCGAGAUUUAGAGCUCUUGCUAGGAGCCGCCGCAGGCGUUGUCAUCAGAAGGGAUAUGAGUCUCAAUCGGAGACUCUGGGCCUGGUUGCUGGGCCCUGACCCUUCCCCCGCGGAUAACGAAGCCACCCUCGAUUCAGUCACUUCGCCCACUUCCCCCGACACCCAACACGCCCUCUUCACGUCCAAAACCAACUACUUCGAAGAGUAUGGGCUUCAGCCCUUGACCCGAGCAUUGUUAGGCAUCAUACGUGUAGAUGCGGAAACCAGCCCUGCCGAGAGGGCGCGGCCUUAUAGGAUCUGCUUGUCACUUAUGGAUCGCUGGGAAAUUGGAGGUCUCGUCGUUCCCGAAGUGUUCCUUCCCAUCGUGGAUAGUGUCCGGCAGUACAAAACCCAGGCACCGCACAUGAGCGACUUCAAUGAGGUUUUCCGAAGUGCCAGCGUCUUUUUCGACGGAGCGGAGAGUGGCUUGAUCUAUGGCGAAAUCAUCAGUCUCCUUGCUCAGUCCAUUGGUCCCGGCAGCCUCCCUUUUGAGGAACGCCUGGACAAGCUAGACCUUGUCAAUUUCAUCCUAGGCAAUUUCAACGUGAGAGAGGAAGAGAUGGUUACCGUUCAUGCUCCGCUUACUGCGCUGGGUGUACUUUGCAUGCUAGAAGACGCCAAAGAGAAGCAGGAAAAUCCAGACACGGCAACUGUCAAUUUCCAUGAGCUGGCCGAAAGAGGCCUGCGCAUUGCUCUAUCACUUCUAGAACUUGUUCCCGAAAGAGCGUUCCCAUCAGCCUCGUCGGACAAGUCGCGAAGAACCAUGGAGCCGGGUAUCCUCCAGUCUUUGCCUGUAAUGGAGAUGCUGAAGCGCAUCAGGACCUUUUACGUCCAUGAGCAAGGGAACCUUGAUUCAGCUGUCGCGCCAUUCUCGCCAGUCGAAGUCGGUGAGCUUCUUGUGCAGAAGGCGGGUAAGCUUGUCUGUGAAGGGCUUGCCGACUCGGAUACAGAUCUAGGGACCAGAGGGAGGGUCCUAAUGGCCUUGUUGGUGAAAGUCCCUUCCCACUAUCAACUCGAUACGGCCAGUGUGAUAGAUUGCCUGCGCGAGAGAUUAGGCCGCGACUCGACUCUGUCUUUCCCCUCCUUCGCCUCUAUUCUCCACCUCUCCAUCCAUCUCUAUUCUACGAAACGAGCAUCCAUCGCCGGCCUUUCAGAGCUUGUAGCUCCUCUUGUACACCAUGCGUGGUCGUACCUCUCGGCGUCCGACCCCAAGUAUCACGUCGAGACAGUUCGACUGUUGUGGCAGCUCCAAUCAUCCCUCACGCCGGAAAACCGCGAUAUUGAAGCAGCAUUAUCAAGCCUCAUAAUUGCCGAUGCCAAGGCGGCAGAUGCUUCUCGGCCAUCUGACUCUGGGCGACGCUUUUCCAUUUUAUGGCUUCACACGUUGCAAGACUCGCAACAUGACCGAAGGGGAUCUAGAACACCAACACUGGAGCGGUUUGCGCCUCCACGACUGUCAGGGGCAGAGCACUACGAUGUUUUGCUAACACGGCCGCUCUUCUUGAUGCUCGAUGCGCUUCUUGACGAGCGAACUCAUCUUUUCAUGACAGUUAAGUCCUGGCUACACGGUCUCGUGGGUAUCGACAAGCUAUUCCUUAUUGUCGUCGCCAAGUUCGCGGCGCUGCCUUUUCUAGCGUCAGUCAACGGGGACCAGGGCUCCGGGAAUGAGACAGGCCAAGGGCAGAGCAAUGAGGCACGCUUCUCUGAAGAUGACGACCUAGACCUCUGCCUGUACUACCUUCAAUCCGUUGCCAACGUGCUCCGCUGGGGUCCCGAUCCGGUCUGGGGGAUUCUAGCCUCCACGACAUUAUCCCCAGGUGCCGGAUUUCCAGCGGUUGUCCGUAUCGUUGGAAAAGAAAAUGAUGUCUCCUUGCAGGAGUUUUUCCUUCAUGUUUGCCUGCGCUGCAUUAGACGUUGCAGUGACGAGCAAGGGGACCAGCCAAGCGGCGAUAUCCUUCGGACCACCCGGCUCUAUCGGUUUGCCCUGGCUCUGCUACACCGGAUUCUAUUAAACCCAUAUGCAGCUCCUCUUGCGAGCUUACGCCUGGAGGAGCUUCUCAUCGAUCGGCUCACUAAGUCGCUUGAGUGGCCCGACCCCUAUAUUCAGGUGCUUCUGCUGGACGUGGUGUUCGCCGCUCUAAGCAUCCGAAAUGUCGCGGCUCCAGAGUUACCCAUCUCGCCUGUUUCUGACAGGAAGCCAAGUUUGGACCCGAAGAGGGGACCAAGGCAUUCUACACAGUCCGACACCAUCCCACACGUCUCUUCGCCACCGCCGUCACUGCUUGACUGCAUCAAGGCCGGGUUCAGUGCUACCAGUAGCCGGAGCGUUUUGGAUAGUUGGGUCAGUUUCCUGACGGAGUGUUUGCCGCUCUACGCCGAUACCAUCUUCCAAGUCCUCAUUCCUCUCGUCGAAACGCUCUGCAAACAAGUCUCGACCACCUUCGAAGCCUUGCAGUCUUUGUUCAGACACAAAGAUGGCGGGCCUCAGAAUGAUUGCGGCGCGCCCGAGUCGACGCUCAUCUCGCUUUUGAACGCGCUUGAGCAGGUUUUGGCAAAAGCGCACGAGCGACUCCUCGCUGAAGAGGCGAGAGUUCAGGUUGUGAAGAACCCGGAACAACACCAGGGAUUCUUUGGCAACAUGGUGUCCGGCGUCUUCUCCACAGACCCUCAGCAGUCUCGAAGUGCAACGGCCAACGACCGGCUCACGGUGCACCUAGCCUUCCAAGAUGCAGUCCGCAUUUGCUUCACUAUCUGGUCCUGGGGUCACGGGGCAGACAUAAGGAGUCAAGAUCCGGGCUCUACCCUCUCAUUCAGCUACACCUCCCUUCGCAUGAGGAACAGGGCAAGACGGCUCCUAGAACAUCUCUUCGCGGCGGAGACGCUCGAGUGUCUUGAGACGGUUGUUGGCAUAUGGCGCACUUCGAUCGAUAACUCUUUGCAGGCGCCGCAAUCUGAUGUCUUCAAACUCCUGCCGGCUUUGGACGGCUCGAGACCCAAACACACAAUUCCGGCCAUUUUCAACGCCAUCUAUAGUCGAACUAAUCCUCAGGCUUUGGACCCGUCGAGACGGUCUACGCUCACGACCUCCCUACAAGACAUCGACCUGGUCACAUUUCUUGUAGAAUACGCCAGGACGCUGGAGGACGACGCCAUGGACGAGAUCUGGAGCGAUUGUAUAACUUUCUUGAGGGACAUUUUAACGAACCCGUUCCCCCACCGACAGACACUCCCCAGCUUGCUGGAGUUUGCUGCCAUGCUCGGAGAGAAAGUCGACAACACCAACUUUGGGGAGCAGCGCAAAAUGCGGCGGGAGCUCGGCGAUCUCUUCCUCCGUUUGUUGACGGCAAUCUUCACGACCAAGCCGGUCUCAUUCACAGAUCCGGUUCCCACCACGGAGAAGGGAGAGAAGUUGCGCGAUACCAAUGGCAAACCCUCCAUGGGCACAGUGCACAAUCCACUGGCGAGGGCAGAGGACGUCGUGGCCAUCUUGGCUUCCAUAGUGCCCAACCUCCCAAAGGUCUUGGUGGAGAAUGAUCGUGUCCUAUCCGCAGCAAGCACAAUAUCCGCGAACGUGAUCGGGCCGGCGUUCCGGGCGAAGGCAUUCCCAGAUACGGUCACCGACAGCACGUUAACGUUAUUGCACGAGCUGUCAAGGUUACCCGGCAAUCAGAAAACAUGGAAGAAGGACCUCGGAGACGCUUUUAACGACAGCAGGUUCUUCGGAUCCGGCCUCUCGCUCGUCAGGAGCGAUUGGCUGCCACUGUUGAGGCAGUGGAUUCAGAGCGACAAGGAGCGCAUGCCGGAGAUCCUGGGCCGCAUCACGCCCCCGACAACGGCCGGUAUCGUCUUUGGUGUUGGGGCGACGUCGGCGAGGCUCGACGCCGACCGGAAGACUCAACUCAAUUUACGACGGAUGGCAACUCUGGUUCUUGCUUCCACCGAGGACACUUUUGCUGGGGAGCUGCCCGUCAUCUUGGAGAAAGUAGUAGAGCUUCUCGGUGCUACAGCUACCUCGUCACCCUCGUCUACAACUCGGGCCGACAUCUUUAUAUUGGUCCGGGCGCUCGUCUUGAAGACAAGCGCCAUUCAUUUGGCCAUGAUCUGGCCCGUCAUAAACUCAGAGCUCCAUGCCGCCAUUUCGUCCGUUGUUUCCCCUGACCACAGCCCGGCCUCCGAGACGUACAACAACACGUCCAUCGUACAAGCAUGCAAGCUGCUGGACUUGCUCGUAUGCGUGGCGCCCGAUGACUUCCAGCUACACGAGUGGCUAUUCGUUACCGACACGAUUGACGCCGUCUACCGUGCGUCCAAUUACCAACCUAUCGCUCUCGUCGAUGAGCUGUCCGAGGAGCUCGGCCAAGUGGCGGUCGUCUCGGCGCAUCAGAGUGAAACCGUGGCGCCUUUGGGCGCGACCAGUUCGCACAGGCGACCCUUACUAGGUCCGGGAGGAAUCAACGAUGAUGUUACCAUUGAUCGGAAAGACGAGCUGGUCGCCAAGAUCCUUCGGCCCUUUUUCGGACAACUCAGCAUUUUCGCAUUCGAAUCCACGUACGCGAUGGUGCCGGUGGAUUGGGAGUUUUGCAUUCAGGAACUCAUGAAGGAUAUUUUUGACGAGCGUACUGUUACCAAGGCGCUGUGAGCCAUUUACUUACUGUAAGCAAAAUGCGGGUUUAUCCUCGGUGCCUAUCGGCGAGGGGACGGCGGCAUGCGAUCCUUGGGGGGGAGUGGAGGGCAUAGAGAGGCCGACAUAAAACUUACUGUCCUCUUUCCCGCCAGUCCCUUCUUCAUUUCUUCAUAGGUUUCGGAGCCCGAAAGAAACAAAAUAUAAUAAUCAAAAAUGAAAAAGGGGUAUCAAUCUGCUUUCCCUGGAAUGUAUGCUACUAGGGCUUUGCUAGCGCCCUUCAUACAAUACUGCACUACUU